AGAUCUAUUAUGGAUGAAAGACCUUGGUAAUAUUCAGCUUGUGUUUGUGGGAAGUCAAUUCAGCCUCAAGGUGGUGCAUAUUAUUGUGAUUUUUGUCAGCACUAUUUUACCAAUAUGACUCCUAGAUAUAGGAUCAAAAUAGCUGUUGAGGAUGAUAAUCGACAUGGUGUAUUUGUCUUAUUCGAUCGUGAGGCUGCUUAUUUAUUGAAAAAAUCAUGUGCUGAUCUAUUUGACGAGGUUCAAAAUGAUGCAAGUGUUUUUUGUGGAGAUAGUUAUCCUGUGAUGUUCCAACAAUUGCUAGAGAAAAAAUUGCUUCUUAAGAUAGAUACCAAGAGUGUUGGUGCUGAAAAAUAUUUCGGAACUUUCCAUGUGAGAAGAGUCUGUGAUGAUGCUGCUAUUAUUGCUAUGAUUGAGUUGCCUAACUAUGAUGCAGAUGAUGAGCGUAUUCCAGUGAAGGAUGGUUAUUUGGGAAAGAUCCCUUCAAGUGACCAUGAAUAUAUUGUUGGCAAGAAGGAUCUGUGUGAAGUGCUGGGUGAGGGUAUCACUUCUGAUGGGAAUUGUUCCAAUAUGAAGACAAACUGCAGACCUUUUAUUGAUUUCCUUGGUGAAAGGAUGCUGAAGUUUCUGGAUUAG